AGCAGGCGGACCACGACACAUUCAUGGCUGAAGAGGCAAAGAAACACGCAGCCUAUGCUGCUGUUGACAACCACAUAGAGAACAAUCAGGUAGUUGGGGUGGGCAGCGGCUCAACUAUUGUCUAUGCAGUGGACAGACUUGGGGAGAGGGUCAGACAGGAGAAGCUGAACAUUGUGUGUGUCCCCACCUCCUUUCAGGCCCGUCAGCUGAUUCUGCAGCAUGGUCUCAUUCUUUCUGAUUUAGACAGACAUCCUGAGCUGGAUGUAGCGAUUGAUGGUGCUGAUGAGGUUGAUGCUGCUCUGACUCUAAUAAAAGGAGGAGGAGGCUGCUUGACCCAGGAGAAGAUUGUGGCUGGUUGUGCCAAACACUUCAUUGUCAUUGCAGACUAUAGAAAGGACUCAAAAGCCCUUGGGCAGCAGUGGAAGAAAGGUGUGCCAGUGGAGGUCAUCCCUAUGGCGUAUGUGCCCGUGUCCAGAGCCAUUGCUCGCCGGUUUGGAGGAGAGGCCGUGCUGAGGAUGGCAGUCAGUAAAGCGGGUCCGGUGGUUACUGAUAACAGUAACUUCAUCCUGGAUUGGAAGUUUGAGCAUUCUCAGAACUGGAAAGAGGUCAACACUGCCAUCAAGAUGAUCCCAGGUGUGGUUGAGACAGGCUUAUUUGUGGGGAUGGCUGAGAGGGUGUACUUUGGAAUGGAGGAUGGAAGUGUUAAGACUAGAGACCCUCCCGUCAACUAAGAAAUUCUCUCAUGUAACCGACCAGCCUGCACAACUCCAGUGCCAUUAGAAUACACAGACUCUGGCAGCUCUUUUCUUACAGUUUCUAAGCUUUGUGGUACAGAAACCACCAGUGUCACGUGAGAGGCGUGUGGUCAGUACAUUUCUGUUAUCCUGUGGUGGUGUUCGUGAAAUGUGGAAUUUUACACACCAAUUCAACAUUAGGCCCUCAGAUAUACCUGUUUUCCUCUUAGCUACUGUCUGGAAAAUUCUGCAUAUGCAAUGUCCCACACAUCUACAGUGUAUGUUUGCCUUCUGUGCUGCUUUACGUGGCCUUGUCAUGCAUGGAUGUAAAUGCACUGAAUGUAGUCUUGUCUCAUUUUUAUAAAGUAUGGAUUAAGUGUAGUUCAUAGCUGCUGUCCUUACAAAUGCAUGCAACUUGAUUUAAAAAAAAAAAGGUUUAAGAUGGAACUGUUCUCAAAAAUAACACCCCCCUCAUAUUGAUCUUUUGUAGGUUCACUGGAUCAUUUUAAAUAUUAUUGUCUUUUUUUUUUUUUGCUAACUGAUGAUUGUCAAAUUUCUUUAUGUUCUAACCAUGUUAACUUCAACCUCAAAUGUUCAAUUGUGGCCUUUACAUGCACCAAAUGGUUAGUUUUGUGAAGUGUUCAAUGAUUCAAAGGUUAUUUUGUCCCUGGACAAAAUUCACUAUUUGAAGGGGUGAAAUUACUCUCUGCUUUUCCAUAUUGAUUUGUUUUUUGUAUGUUUUCGAUGUGCCUGUGACUAUGGACCCGGUGUUGUGAAUUUGGCUCAGUAGACAUCCAGCAGGCCUUAUUUCCUUACAAUAUUGUUCUUGAUGUUCUGACUCUCUUCUAAGGUCACUGUGAAUUUUGGGUAUAGUACUACUUAAAAUACCAGCUUAUGUUUUGCUCUCCCAGUUUUACUGUGACACUAUAUGAAAGUUUCAAGUGUUUUAAGUCCGUAUUAAAAAUUGGACCAAACAAUUAUAUAACUUUUUUUGUUCUUUAGUCUAACAUUUUACUAAAUUAGUGGGGAUUAGUGGUUACGGUGGGGAGGGGGGGGCGCAGCAGCAAUAAUAUUUUGAAUGUAUAUAGAUCCAUUUACAGUGUUUGAGAAGUGAAG